AUGGCGGUGAAGGACGAAGAGGAUGAAACGAUGAAGACGAUGGAGUACCUAUCUCUGGUCUCCACGGUCUGCUCGGAGCUCGAGUCCAACGUCGGAUGCGGCGACAAGGUGCUCGCCGAGUUCGUCAUCGAUCUGGGCCGCAAGUCCACGGCGGUGGAAGAGUUCGAUGCCAUGCUCAAGGAGAACGGUGCCGAGAUGCCCGACUACUUCGUGCGCAGCCUCCUCACCAUCAUUCAUGCUAUCCUCCCCCCGGUCUCCAAGUCCCAGAAUCUCAUGUCCAAGAAGUCCGAUGGCGGCAAUAAGGGCGGUGCUGGGGGGACUAUGUUCUCUAGCCUGGCCAUCUCCGACAAUCGUGAGCACACUAAAGAUAUCGAGCGGGAGAUAGCGGAGGAAAUCAGAGAGAAAGAGGCCCGAAGUCGGGAUCGGUAUAGAGAUGACGAUCGAGACCGGCUGCGGGAUAGGGAUAGAGAUAGAGAGCGGGACAGGGACAGAGACAGGGACAGAGGGAGAGAUUGGGACAGAGACAGAGGUGGCAAUAGAGACAGGGACAGAGACGGAGAUGGAGACCGUAGGCGCGACAGGCAUCGAGGUCGCGAGAAGGAUAGAGAUCGUGAGACGGAGAUAGACAGAUAUGGUGAUUCUAGGGUUAAGCCAAGGCAAAGGGCGGAGCAUGACGACGACGACGACGAUGAUUAUCGGGAAGGCGGGAGGAACUCUCAUUCCAAGGGACAUGGUAGAGAAACUAGCGGCGGUGGUGAGCCUGAGCUGUAUAAUGUUUAUUCUGGGAGGGUAACGAGGGUCAUGGACACAGGUUGCUUCGUGCAAUUGAAUGAUUUCAGGGGGAAAGAAGGUUUGGUUCACGUCUCACAAAUGGCAACCAGGAGAAUCGCCAAUGCCAAGGAAGUCAUAAAGCGUGACCAGGAGGUUUUUGUGAAGGUAAUUUCAGUAUCGGGGCAGAAGUUGAGUCUGUCAAUGAGGGAUGUCGACCAGAAGUCUGGAAAGGACCUGCUUCCAAUGAAGAAGAGCUCUGAAGAUGAUGCUCACAGGGCAAAUCCUGCAAGUGGAAAUCAGGGGCCAAGGAUGAGGACAGGGCUGUCUGGUAUCACAAUUGUAGAGGAAGAUGAUAAUGUCCCAUCACGACGGCCAUUGAAGAGGAUGAGUUCUCCAGAGAAGUGGGAAGCGAAGCAACUUAUUGCUUCGGGUGUUCUUAGUGUAGGAGAUUAUCCAAGUUUUGAUGAGGACGGGGACGGGUUGUUGUAUCAAGAAGAAGGGGGAGAGGAGGAGCUAGAGAUCGAACUUAAUGAAGAUGAGCCAGCCUUUUUGCAGGGGCAGACUCGGUAUAGCAUUGAUAUGUCACCUAUUAAAAUUUUCAAGAAUCCUGAGGGAUCAUUGAGUCGUGCAGCAGCACUUCAGUCAGCUCUGAUAAAGGAGAGAAGAGAAGUGCGUGAGCAGCAGCAGCGUACAAUGUUGGAUUCAAUUCCAAAGGAUCUUAACCGUCCGUGGGAAGAUCCUAUGCCUGAAACUGGGGAGCGUCAUCUUGCCCAGGAGCUGAGGGGUGUUGGCUUAUCUGCUUAUGAUAUGCCAGAGUGGAAAAAAGAUGCAUAUGGGAAAGCUUUGACUUUUGGGCAAAGAUCAAAGCUUUCCAUUCAGGAACAGAGGCAGAGUCUUCCUAUAUACAAGUUGAAGAAAGAGCUGGUCCAGGCUGUUCAUGAUAACCAGGUACUUGUUGUGAUCGGUGAAACAGGCUCUGGGAAGACAACGCAGGUUACACAAUAUUUGGCAGAAGCCGGCUACACCACAAGAGGGAAGAUAGGAUGUACACAGCCUCGUAGAGUCGCUGCAAUGUCUGUUGCCAAGAGGGUGGCAGAGGAAUUUGGGUGCCGCUUAGGGGAAGAAGUGGGCUAUGCUAUUCGAUUUGAAGAUUGUACCGGGCCGGAGACAGUGAUAAAGUAUAUGACAGAUGGUAUGCUUCUUAGGGAAAUUUUGGUUGAUGACACUCUCUCCCAGUAUUCCGUUGUUAUGUUGGAUGAAGCUCAUGAAAGGACCAUCCACACGGACGUCCUUUUUGGAUUGCUAAAACAGCUGGUGAAACGGAGGCCUGACCUUCGUCUGAUCGUCACCUCUGCCACAUUGGAUGCAGAGAAAUUCUCUGGGUACUUUUUUAACUGUAAUAUCUUUACUAUACCUGGUAGAACAUUUCCUGUAGAGAUACUGUACACCAAACAGCCCGAAAGUGACUAUUUAGAUGCAUCACUGAUCACUGUCCUUCAGAUACACUUGUCAGAGCCUGAAGGUGACAUCCUUCUCUUUCUAACGGGACAGGAGGAGAUUGAUCAUGCAUGUCAAUGCCUUUAUGAGAGGAUGAAGGGACUGGGAAAGAAUGUGCCAGAAUUGAUAAUUUUGCCCGUCUACAGUGCUCUCCCUAGUGAAAUGCAGUCAAGGAUUUUUGAUCCUGCACCUCCAGGGAAAAGGAAAGUGGUUGUGGCUACAAAUAUUGCUGAGGCUUCUUUGACUAUUGAUGGAAUAUUUUAUGUCAUUGAUCCUGGUUUUGCAAAGCAGAAUGUUUAUAAUCCUAAGAGAGGCCUAGAUUCUCUGGUCAUUACUCCCAUCUCUCAGGCAUCAGCCAAGCAACGAGCUGGCCGUGCUGGUCGUACAGGUCCAGGAAAAUGCUAUCGACUUUACACAGAGAGUGCCUACAGAAAUGAAAUGUCACCGACUUCUGUUCCUGAAAUUCAGAGGAUCAAUCUUGGGCUGACAACGCUGACUAUGAAAGCUAUGGGGAUUAAUGACCUGCUCUCAUUUGACUUUAUGGAUCCUCCCUCUCCUCAAGCACUUGUAUCCGCCAUGGAGCAGCUAUAUAGCCUUGGAGCGUUGGAUGAAGAGGGACUCUUGACUAAAUUAGGCAGGAAGAUGGCUGAAUUUCCUCUGGAUCCACCAUUGUCAAAGAUGCUCCUUGCAAGUGUGGACCUUGGCUGUAGUGAUGAGAUUUUGACUAUCAUAGCAAUGAUUCAAACGGGGAAUAUAUUUUAUAGACCCAGGGAGAAGCAGGCACAAGCAGACCAGAAAAGAGCCAAGUUUUUCCAGCCUGAAGGGGAUCAUUUAACAUUACUUGCCGUUUAUGAGGCUUGGAAGGCCAAAAACUUUUCUGGGCCUUGGUGCUUUGAGAACUUUGUUCAGUCUCGUUCUCUUAGGAGAGCACAAGAUGUUCGAAAGCAGCUGCUCUCUAUCAUGGAUAAGUACGUAUCUCUUGCUUACCAAAUUGCAUUGUAGUUUUUAUUACAACGCUUUUUUUAAUUGUCUUGGCUUUCCCUAGUUUUUUACUGGACAUUUUUCGCUAGUGCUUUGUCCCUUCUCGAUUUUUUCCUGCUUUACUUUUCUUCUCUUUUCUCAGAUGGAUUAUUAAUUCCCAUUUACGUAAGCAAAAUUACUCUCUACAAUCUGUAAUUUUGGUGUAGCUAAAACUAGGCUUUAGUUCUCUACAUUCUCUUGUAAAUUGACGUAUCUACCCUUCAUGUGCCCCUGUAUCCCCAUGCUUGUGUUCAACCAGCCCUUCUUUUUUUUUCUCAGCUAAUGAUGGAUGUCACCACGCUUGGCUUACACUUCAUUACGUUUCUAUAUUAAAUCUGUAAUACUGAAUUUCCCUAGACAUUAUAACUUUUCUGGUGACUCUUGCUUUGAUUGAAGAUUACCGCACCUGUAACUCCCAUUACAGAAACGUCUUUGCCUUCAUUCUUUACCUUUGCCGUUGAUAUUCUGUAAGCCAUAUACAGCACGAAAGGAGUGGAGUGUUUACCUAUGCAUUCAUAAAGGCUGUGUUGGUGCCAACAGAACCUCUUAUAAUAGUGUAAGCGUCGUAUAUGGCAGUAGCAACAGUGUGAGCUAGCUUUGCAAGUCGGACGAAUGCUCAAUUGUACCUUAAGAAACCUAUUUCUAACGUUUGCCAUUAAUUUAUCCCAUAUAAGCCUUUUACUUCCGAUUAUUUGUAUAUAUAUGUGUAUAAAUAUAAUGCUUGGAUACGCAUGCAUUCCUUCGCGUGAUAAAUUUUCGUCCUAUGCAGUAUAUAUUCUUUUUGUCUUAAUAGUUUAUCUCAUCUUCUCUGUAAGAAAUAUCACGAAGAUUACCAGCAACCGAUAUGACUAUGUUUUACAUCGCUAUUUUUUUCUUUCUUUCAGGUAUAAAUUAGAUGUGAUGAGUGCCGGCAAGAAUUUUACAAAGAUAAGGAAGGCGAUUACGGCGGGGUUCUUCUUUCAUUCAGCUAGAAAGGAUCCUCAGGAGGGCUACAGGACAUUGGUCGAAAACCAGCCAGUUUACAUCCAUCCGAGCAGUGCUCUGUUUCAAAGACAGCCAGACUGGGUCAUCUACCACGAGCUCGUGAUGACCACCAAGGAGUACAUGCGUGAGGUCACAGUUAUCGACCCUAAGUGGCUGGUAGAGCUGGCGCCUAGAUUUUUCAAGGCCGCCGAUCCAACAAAGAUGAGCAAGCGCAAGCGGCAAGAGCGCAUCGAACCACUCUACGACAGAUACCAUGAACCCAACUCUUGGCGGCUGAGCAAGCGCCGUGCUUGA